CCUCCACCAGAUCCGGCAGACAACUACUUUCAAGUGGGUGACAAGCUUGAAGCGGUUGACCGACGCAAUACACAACUUAUCUGUCCGGCUACGGUAGGUGCCGUGAACGGUCAGCACGUUCUCGUUAGCUUCGACGGCUGGUCCGGCGCGUUUGACUACUGGACCCGAUUCGACAGUCGGGAAUUGUUCCCUGUAGGCUGGUGCAAACUAGCGGACUAUCCGCUUCAGGCACCGGGCCCAAAUGCGCUUCGUUCGCCUCCCAGUCAUUCUACUCCCGGUCCUCUAUCCAAAGCGGUUUUGGCUCCACCAGUCACCUCGGGUCACGCCUUCUCCCUGGAUGUGUCCUCUGUGAAUGAAACUCCCACCGGGCGAAAAGGAUCCCGCGGUAAGGCCAAACCAGGGACAAGGAAAGGAAUAGUUGCUACUUCCCGAGCUGCCUCGCAAUCUCGACCACGUCGUAUUCCUCGCUUGACACGAAAACGUCGCCGUAAACCGCAUUUACUCCUCGGGUCCACUCAAAAUCGAAAUGGUACACCACAUCCCGUUCGUGGUGAUUUGAAUCGUCCACUUGCUCUCACAAUUCAGACAAGUUGGACGACGGAUGCAGCCUCGUUAAACAACAGACCAGGCUCCGAUACAUCCCAUCCACAAACUGAGUCCGCUGAUUCCUCUAUGCGCUCCCUGGGCUCUCCACCACCACCAAUCAUACACCCAAUCACAAUGGACGAUGAUGAGUACGUAGAUGCGGAUUCAUUACUCAAUGUCACUACCGGUUCGUCAUCCUCUGAUCCACCUCCACCCUCCAUCGAGGCUGCCGUAACCGCCGUGAGCAGUUGCACUUCAUUACCGACACACGGAGCAGAUUUGUCCUCGAACACUUCCUCGACUAGUCGUGGUCGUCGAACAAGCAGUUCCUCUGAUUGUGUUGUUCGACUACAGGCCAAAUCUCCACCCACACUUCCAUCCGGCGGUACUGGUGAACUGGGAUCCAAUCAUCCGGAACUGAAAUCAUGGCAAGUGGUUACCACGGAACCCCGAGUCAAACCGAAAAAGAAAUCGAAACCGGAUAAAAAACACCGGGAACGUUCCCUCGCCGAAUCCACUAACGGGUUGAAGAAAAAGUUCAAAUUUAUCAAUGAUACCUCGGAAUCAAUCGCCCGUUCAGUUUCCGAUUGGAAAUCAGAAGAUCGAUCAAUUAGCCCCGUGGAACGAAAUAUCAAACCGGGUCCGCUCACAGUCGACACGACAGAGAAUUUUCAUCACCCCUCUCAUUCUCACCUGGGCUCGGAUCGACGUGCCUUAUCUGUAGAUACACACGAUCUGGAUUCACGCGGAUUAGUGGCGCACGGCUAUUGUCACGAUUAUCAUCGAUCACCUCAGGAUUCCGUCCAGGCGGUCCCGAAAUCAACGUCAUUCCUCGGUGCUUCGCACCCGGAGUUCGGUGAAUCAAACGAACAACCGAUCGAUGGGGAUGAUGGGUCCGUAGUAACCUCUCAGGUCACAGCACCACCACCUGGCACUGGUGUGCCUCCCUGUCCAACCUCGAAUUGGUACGCGUCUACCAAACUGGACUACCCGGGUAAACUAAACGAGAUCUAUUCC